AUGUGGAGUGCCAUACUCCGACCAUCGCAUACGCGAUGCUUUCGAACGCCCGGCCGGGCAUUCGCCAGUUCACUGAAUCGCGGACGAGUUAAUCCUCGUGGCCCUCGCAAUUCAAUUCGCAGACCAGAACCCAUCAGACGAGAUGUGCCAUUAUCGCAAUCCUCCGAUCCACAACAACAACAACAACCUCCUCCUUCCGACUCACCAAAUCCCCACUACGAUCCCUCUCAGAACACACUACUUGCCCCCGUUCACAUCCUCGAAGAUCCUCAUGGAGUGAUCAAAGAGAGCCACCCGGCAACAUCCAUCCUGGCGAAUUCGGGCCUGGUUGUUCAACGCCAGCUAGAGUUGAUGAAUGUCUUGAUCGGAUUUGAACAAGCCAACAAAUAUGUUGUCAUGGAUGCCAAUGGAAACCAUAUCGGUUUCAUGGCAGAGCAAGAGAAGGGCGUGGGAAAUAUGAUGGCGAGGCAGUGGUUCAAUACACAUCGAAGCUUCGUCACGCAUGUCUUUGACAAACAUGAGAAUGAAGUGUUGCGGUUCCACCGCCCAUUCUCGUGGAUCAACUCCCGUAUCCGUGUCUACGACCCUCUCGAGGUGGCUAAGAGUGCCCAUUCCACGUCCACGGCUCUACAGGCCAAUUCUGCGAACUCACUAGCUCAAGCCUCCGGUGAUUCGAAUGCCCGCGUUUCGUCCCUCGGUUUCGACGACAUGCGAGUCAUUGGAGAAGCCCAGCAGCAAUGGGCCCCGUUACGUCGCAAGUACAACCUGUUCACAUAUCACCAUUCGCCCAAUUCGGCCUUAGACAUGGGAACGAAGACACUACCACUCGAACAGACCGGUUUGUCAAGCUCCCAGCAAAUGCAGCUGGUCCAGUCUUCGCAGGCUGGUCAGACUGCGGGUGCCUAUAAUCAGUUCGCGUAUGUCGAUGAACCGUUCCUAUCGUGGGAUUUUGCUCUCCGUUCCGCUGACAGCCGGCUGAUUGGUUCUGUCAACCGGAAUUUCGCCGGGUUUGCCCGCGAGUUUUUCACGGACACUGGAGUGUAUGCCUUGCGGAUGGACUCUGCCUCUCCUAGCGAGCAGACACCCGAACAGUCCGGCGCCGUGACUGCAAUGAGUUUAGACCAGCGCGCUGUCAUGCUGGCCACUGCAGUCAGCAUUGACUUUGACUACUUCAGUCGCCAUAGCGGCGCCGGCGGCUUUGGCUUCAUGCCCCUCUGGCUUCCUGGUUUCGGUGGAGAGGCCGCCGCCGGGGGAGCUGCCGCAGGGGGUGCUGUCGCUGGCGAGGCCGGGGCCGCUGGAGCUGCUGGGGCCGUUGGAGAAGCUGCUGCAGGUACUGUCGGUAGGGCUGGGGCUGGGGCCGCCGGCGGCUUAGCUGAUGGUGCAAUGGCAGGUGCAGCAGGUGCCGGCGCCAUGGCAGGAUACGACGCCAUGUCGCGGGGCGUGGGAGGAACUCCACCAGCUUCCCCUCCCGACUCUCAAGCUGCACCUGGAGGUCAGCAACCUCCGGCAGAAGGUCAGACGGGUCCAUACGGGGACGUCUGGGCCGAUGAACAACAAGAGAAACCCGGGGAUCAUAGAGAAGACCCGUGGGCGGAUGAGGAAGAUGAUAGAGGCGACGGGGGUGAUGGUGAU